AUAUUGAUUUUAGGAACGCGCAAGGGCGGCUGCUUUAGGAUAUCCUGAUCCUACGAAUCCGACAUUUGAAGCAACAUCAGAGAUGUAUCAUAAGACACUUACCGAAUGCUUGCGUCGAAUCAAGGUUUUAAAAGACGCUGGCCAAGAAAAGAAAAUAGGUAUUAUGGUUGCAUCUCACAAUGAAGAUACUGUUCGAUUCGCUAUAGAGCAAAUGAAGAACAUUGGAAUUUCACCUGAAGAUAAAGUGAUAUGUUUCGGACAAUUGCUGGCUAUGUGUGAUUACAUUACUUUCCCGUUAGGUCAAUCAGGGUAUUCAGCAUAUAAAUACAUACCCUACGGUCCAGUCAACGAGGUACUGCCAUACUUAUCCCGACGCGCACAAGAAAUAAGGGUGUUUUACAGAAAAUUCAAAAAGAAAAAAGAUUAUUGCGCAGAGAACUGUUUUUAG